GCAAUGCAAGCGAUCGGAAAAUCAAAAAAAAUUAAAAAUUAAUUCAAAUCGCGGACGUGCAGACGUGCUACAUAAAUAGAAAAGUGCUCCACGUAUUCCACAGUUCCUUUUGACCGCUAUACUUUGCUUAACCCGCCGUUGGUUUUUUUUUCGUUCGUGAAAGAAACAAGCAGAAAAGUGACGUGACGUGCCAAGCGAAAGAGCUUGGAAAGACACUAGAAAGCCGAAAAAGAAGAAAAAGUGAAAACAGAACUCGCAAAUUUAUCAAACAAAAUGGCCAGUGCAGAUCAGAAACACGCCACCGGCAAUGGCUCAGCCGGCAACGGAACGCUAGCCGAAGAUCAGCCCAAGGACGCCAAGGACCUGUUGCCGCACCUGGAGUCGCUCGAGCGAAUCAUCAAGCUCCCCGUGGUGAAUGCGGCGUGGGACAAAUCGCAGGAUGUCUACGGCAAAGUAAAAGGCAAGAACCGCGUCUUCGAAUGGGCCCUGACGGCUGCCGAGGAUUGUGUGACGCGUGCCGUGACGACAGCCGCUCCAUUUGUCACCAAGUUGGACCGACCCAUCGCCUAUGUGGACCAGACGUUGGUCAAGGGCAUUGACAAGCUGGAGGUGAAGGCACCCAUUAUCAAGGACACACCCCAGGAGAUCUACAAUCAGGCCAAGAGCAAGGUGAUCGAUGUGGUCCAGCCGCAUCUGGAGCGUGUGGUCAAAUUCAAGGCGGCCGGCCAGCAAAAGGCCGCCUCCCUGAAGGAUCUUGCCUGGCAGAAGGCCAACGAGGUCCUGGCCACCCAAUACGGCAGUCUGGCCGUCAAUGGUGUGGACACAACCACAGCGCUGGCCGAGCGCCUGCUCGAGUACUAUUUCCCCAAGUGCGAGUCCGAUGUCGAGGAGGAUAAUGAUGAUAAACAAAAUGCCGUCGUGCAGAAUGGCAAGAGUUCUGAAAAUGACAUGCCAGUUCCCGCCAGCGAGGAUCCAGUCCUACACACAGUACAGACGGUUGGACGGCUAUCCAACAAGAUCUCGCGUCGCGUCUAUCGAAAUGUCUCCCGACAGAUCAAGCAGGUCCAGAAGGGUAACAUCAACGACUAUCUGAGCUCCCUGAUAGCCGCCCUAAAGCUGCACCAGUACAUCAACUUUAUAAACUCAUCGAUGGGCACCAAUGUGGAGCAGUCUACGCUGUCCAGUGACAACUGUUCGCCCUUUGGCGGAGCCACCUCCACCACCACCAGCAGCAGCAACUCUAACUCCAACUCCAACUCCUCGGCAGUGGCUGUGGCCAAGAGCAAACCAGCGGCGGCGUCGUCUCAGUAAUGAUAUAUACGUAUAUAUCUGAAGCUUAGAUAUUACCUUCUUUCACACACAUCUGCACACAUACCCCAAGAUCCAUAAUUUUUUUUUCUUAAUUAUAAUUUUAUAAUUUCGUUUUUUUUUUCAAUUUUUUACAAAAAUUUACAUGUUUAUAUAAAAAAAAAAGGGAUUAACCAGCAAAGAACAAGAAAUAAGUGUGCACCAGCCUCCCUUUGAUUUGUAAAUAUUUAUUUGAAGUAUAUAGCCAGCCCUCAGCACCCCCGCACACGCACACACACCCACACACCACCGUAGCUUGUAAGUUGUAGUCGAUAGAAAGAGAUCGGGAGAUCGAUUUUAGCUGUGCUAAAAGGCGUCCAAAGUGCCACUUGCAUUGAAUAUAAUAUACAUACUAUAUAUACGCCUAUAUAUACCUAAAAUAUAUACACUGAUAUAUAUAUAUAUAUACAUUGGCCUAGAAAGUGUGGGUUAGCUAUACGUAUACGUAAUCCUAGUGCCUAAAGCUAUUUUUUAUUCUCUACGCUCGCUGGGAGCCCCUAAAACCAGAUGAUGUCUAAUUGCUAAUGAAAAUGAAUUAUGCUUAAUAUAUAUACACACACACGAAACACACACCCCAAACACACACACACAACAAACACUUGUAUGGAGAACCUAGCCAUAAUGUUUGCUCUAAACAACCCCUAGUUUGAUACUAUUAAAUAUUAUUAAUAAUAAUAAAAAGAAGAGAAAACCAA